UCUAAUUGGAAUAGAACAUUGAACAGCUGAAGAAUAUAAUGUUAAGGAAAUAAACAAAAGCCGAUAAUAAAAAAAUAUUAAUGUUGUGAAAAUAUAUUGUAAAUAAAAUACAUUCGACUGAGGACACCAUUCUAUAAUAUAUACAACUAUACUCGAAGCCAGAAAAACGUACACAGUAUAAAAUAAUUUAAAAUGCCUUUAUUAUCUUAUUAAAACUUAUACAGCAUUUCUUUAGUAUACAACGAAUCGCAAGGAGGCCGUCCGGUUUUAUAAAUUUACUGUUUUACGAUUAUUUGUCUAUUGUUUUACAUGCACUGUCAUCUAAUGGUUUAUAUGCGCAUUAUACUCACUACUUUAGUGAGUAUUACGUGUCUAUUAGGUGAUAAUUUUGUCGAAUUAACUCAACACCCUAUGUUAAAAGCAUUAGCUGAUAAUGCUACACAUGCGGCAAUUGGAGCUCUAUCGGGAAUUGCAUUUGCAGUACAAUUCUACGAAAGGACAAGUCAUUUCUUUGGUUGGUUUUUGAUAUUCACCUGUUUUGCAGGCUCAUCUUUAAUAGAUGUAGAUCAUUUUAUUGCAGCUAGAAGCUGGAACUUGGAGGAUGCAACAAAUUUAUUGCGUCGCCCUUUUCUACACUGCUCAACGAUAAUUUUUGGUUUGCUGCUGUUUUACAUUUGUACCGCAUGUCUCAACUACUUCAAGUGGAGUCUCUUCUUUGGCGUAUUGUUGUGUGCCUUCAUAACACAUCAUACUCGUGAUGCAAUUAGACGUGGCUAUUGGUUCUAUCCCUGGGGUCAUACCGACAAAAUUCCCAAUCUAGCUUAUAUACUCAUAACAAUAGCAACACCAUAUGCCAUUGGCUAUAUUCAUGCAUUAUGUCGCAGUGCAUUUGUACAACAAUUUUUAGGACAAUAUAUCAAAUUAAAUGAAAGUUAUCACCAUCAUAAAGAUGUGAGAGGUUAUAGAUAUAUGCAGGUUUAAUUUCAUACAUGCAUAGUUACGAUAAUUUUUAAUAAUAUAAAAGCUUUAUUAGAUUUUUAAACAAACAAAAAUUAAUCGAAAUAAACUAUUAACACUUGUGAUAGUCAAAGAAAAACACACCACGAAAUUAUUCUAUUGAAAUUUAAUUAAAACUUGACUCACUAUUAUCAAUAUAUGUACUCCUUCCUAAAAGUACUAACUCCAUAUUUUUAAGAUUUUAUAAAAAUUAAUUCUUCCAUACUCUUAUUAUUAUUAUUAUCUUUGAACACUAUUAGUAAGCUUCAGAUUUACAUUUAUUUUAUUUAUAAUUAUUUGUAUACUAUUGUGAUAUCACUGAAAGAUAGUAAUAGUUAUCAUAGAUUUAGUGCUUUUUAUCUCUCUUAAGUAGUAUGUAUACAUGAAGUGUAUAACACUAAAUUUUAAAUAAAUGCAUGGCAAAUUAUUAUGUAAAAAA